ACGCACGCUGGCGGGGCGGGCUCUGCCCGCAGGUAGCGGCCGGUCCCCCCGGGGAAGUUUGCCGGAGCGGGCAGGCGGAUGCCCGGGGCUGGGGCCGGCCCAGAGCCGGAACGAGGAGCCCGGGACAGCUGCGGGGCCGCCUCCUCCCCCCAGGCACCGCCCCCCACCCAGCUUCCAUUGGCCGGGAACUGGUGCGGAGUCGGUGCUUGGGGUGGGGGCAGCGCAUGGAGCUCCGUGGCCCCCCACCUAGAAGCCAGACCUCCUGUUGGCCACUUCCGGCGCAGCGCAGUGUCGGAACAGACGGGGUGGCCAGCCCGCGACCCAGGGAUUCUUUCCCUGCUGUGAGUGUCCUGGUGAGGCAGGGGGAGCUAUGCAGAAAUGCCAGCACUGCCCUGGCUCCUCGUCGUCGUUCUCUGCCAGUGUGGGGGCCUGGCGUGUCCUGAGGGCUGCCGCUGCCCGCUGGAGAGCAGGGUAGUGAGAUGCACCCACGGGCAGCUGAGGGAGAUCCCCCAGGGCAUCCCCCGCGACACCCGCGUGCUCUACCUGGACGCCAACGAGAUCACCGGCCUCCCAGACGGCACCUUGCGGGAGCUGCGCCAGCUGCAAGAACUCUACCUCUCGGACAACCUGAUCGAGAACAUCUCCCCAGCCGCCUUCGGGGAGCUGGGCAGCCGUUUGCAGCUGCUGGACCUCUCCAAUAACCGGCUCCAGCAGCUGGGCCCCACCGAGGCCGCCUCCACCCUGCGGGCCAAGAUGCGCCUCUACGGCAACCCGUGGCACUGCGGCUGCUCCCUGCAGGAGCUGCUGGAGGCCCUGCCCCUGGAGGCCGAGACGCUGGAGGACGUGGUGUGCUCCAGCGCGGCCCGGGAGGAGUACGUCGGCCAGCCCUUUGCCCUCCUGCUCAACACCGGCAUCGACUUCUGCAGUGUCCAGCAGAGGACCACGGACGUGGCCAUGCUGGUCACCAUGUUCUGCUGGUUUACGGUGCUCAUCGCCUACGUGGUCUACUACGUUCAGCGGAACCAGGCCGAAACCCGCAGGCACCUGGAGUAUCUCAAGUCCCUGCCCAUCAAGCAGCCCAGUCCAGAGGAGGAGGAGGAAGAAGAGGAGGAGAUGGAGGAAGACACGCUCAGUACCAUCCUCUGACCCAGACUCUUUGCAGUGGGCGGGAGCUGUAUUUAAAAGGGGAAGGUUUGGACUUUGAACCACGAUGGCUGAGAAAUCGGCACGGCACCAAAUCCAUACAGAGUAUGCUGGAAAGGUUAGAGAGGAAGGUUGGCCUGGUGGUGCCUGGGCCAGGAGAGACCUGGGUUCUGUUUCUUACUCUGCCACAGACUUCCUGUGAUACUUUGGGCAAGUCACUUAGCAUAUGUGUGCCUCAGUUUCCCCAUCUGUACCUUAGGGCUUGUCUACAUGGGGAAGUUAUUCCAGAAUAAAGUAGGACAUGAAUCUGAAGCACAACAGCGAUGCUGGACCAAGAGUGUCCAAUCCUGGCAUCCACUCUUCAAAGAGGAGGAUGGAAAAAAUGAUGAUUCAGACAAGAGCUGCAAGAAUGAUUCAAGUUCUGGAAAACCUACCUCAGAGCAAGAGGCUGAUGGAGCUCAAUUUAUUUAGCUUAUUGUUCAAGAGGUGAAGAAAUAACCUGAUGAAGGUCUAGAAGCACCUGCCUGGGGGAUGGAGAUAUUCAAAACUAGGGGGUUAAUUUUAGACGGCAAAACCCUUUAUUUAGGCACCGAAGUAAAUGUCCUGAUUUUCAAAAGUGCUCAGCACCCAGCAGCUCCCAUUGACUUAACUAAACAUCUUAUUUUUGGCUUGACCUCCUCUGUGCAUCACUGUCCUUCUCACUCGUUCUGAACUGGGCCACCACCGAUCAGUUUCAUAACCAGCUAGUUAGCGGCACGCAGUGACCCUGUGGGGCUGGGAAGGCUGCUGCGAGUUACUAGCAUAGACAGCUGUGUUCUACCUGCUGAAUUGUAGCUGGUUUUUAAAACUCAAACCAAAUAAAGAGCUGGUCUCCA